CACCGUCAGUCAGUAAGGCAGCUGACUCCGUCCGUGUCGGAAGUCGUCGUACCUCGUCCCCUCUCUGCGACAGCAGCUUGCAUAAACAGUGAUAAUAAUAAUAUCCAGGUGGGGACCGUGAUUUGACCCUUGACCCCAAUUCGAUCUUCCGGUUCCUUCUGCAGGUGUUCUCGACGACGUCAUACGAAGGAUGCCUUGUCCCUUCAUGUCCCGCCUCCCUGGCCAGUUCGUGAGGAACUACGGAGGAAUACUGACCCGGCAGUAUGGAGAAAUGUGCCCCGUGAUCAGCAAGGUGGUCAGGUCCUUCAAUUUUCUGACCUCCGCAGACUCGGCAGAAGGCGAAAAGAAAUGUCCCUUCAUGGCCAGCGAGAACUUGGUGAAGCAGGCGAGCAAGGAGGUUCAGGAAGACAUCAUCGAUCUGGCGGCUCGCGAACAAGCAGGUCCUGCAACCCAGGAGACUAAGGCCAAGGGUAAAUGCCCCUUUUUGGCAUCCCAGGCUGUCCAUGAAAAGGACACUUGCAAGAAUGAAGAAGCAUCUGUGUUUCCGUACAACGACUUCUUCCAAGAGCAGAUCGCACGCAAGAAGGCAGACCAUUCGUACCGUGUGUUCAAGAAGGUUGCGCGCAUGGCUGAUGAGUUCCCUAAGGCCAAAGAAUAUUCAUGGGGCGAAAGAGAGAUUACCGUUUGGUGUUCGAAUGAUUACUUAGGAAUGUCGAGGCAUCAAGCUGUGCGUGGUGCAGUGAAAUCUGCCCUGGAUGAACACGGGGCAGGAGCCGGAGGGACUCGAAACAUAUCGGGGAACACCAUUCUGCAUGAAGCACUGGAGUCUAAACUGGCAGAAAUUCACCAAAAGGAUGCAGCCUUGCUCUUCACUUCGUGCUACGUUGCCAAUGAUUCCACCCUCUUCACCCUGGCUAAGGCCCUUCCUAACUGUGAGAUAUUCUCCGAUGAGGGAAACCAUGCAUCAAUGAUCCAGGGAAUUCGUAAUUCCGGAGUCCCGAAGCACAUCUUCCGCCACAAUGACCCGGAACACCUCGAAGAGCUAUUGAAGUCGAAGGACGUCGCAACGCCCAAGAUUGUCGCGUUUGAAACUGUCCACUCAAUGACGGGUGCAGUUUGUCCGCUAAAUGAAUUGUGUGAUGUUGCCCAUAAGUAUGGAGCAAUUACGUUCGUUGAUGAAGUGCACGCAGUCGGCUUGUAUGGAGAGAAAGGCGCGGGAAUAGCCGAUCGAGACGGCUUGCACCACAAGAUCGACAUAGUUUCGGGCACUUUAGGCAAAGCUUUCGGCAACAUAGGCGGCUACAUAGCGGGAAAUGGGACCCUCAUCGACAUGAUUCGUAGCUAUGCCGCAGGAUUCAUCUUCACAACAUCCUUACCUCCCACCGUCGUGUCUGGAGCCCUGGCUGCCGUCAACAUUCUGAGCAGUGAGGAAGGCCGUUCGAUGAGGGCUACUCACCAGAAGGCAGUCCGCUACUUGCGCACUUCCCUGAUGGAAAAGGGCUUCCCAGUUGAGCAUUGCCCCUCUCAUAUUAUUCCAGUUCAUAUUGGCGACCCACUGCUCAGUACAAAGGUGUCUGACGAAUUGAUACGAGAGUUUGGCCAUUACGUCCAAGCAAUCAACUAUCCCACCGUCCCCCGAGGACAGGAGAAGCUUCGUAUCGCACCAACGCCCCAGCACACCCCUGCUAUGAUGGAUCACUUCAUUGCCGACCUCACAACAGUCUGGAAAGGCAUCGGAUUGCCUCUCAUGGAAAAAAGUUGCUCUGAUGAAUGCACAUUCUGCAAAAAACCUCUCCUCUUUAACCAACUGGAGUCUCGCGAGCAUUGUGGAGAAACCUGCAACAAGCCCUACUGCCCCCAGCUGGUUGCGUGUUCUUAGCGCUAACGGAGACAACGGAAAACCACGGGACAAGUGCUUGAACUGAAGAAUAAGCGAAUUUGGAAAAUGGCUAUAUACGUAUACCUGAUGGUUUUUACUUUCAGCCUUUAGUAUUGUUAUGGAGGUAUAAUUUAUUUUUGUAUUUAUUGUCCAGAAGUUUAUUUCUGUAACGUGACAUGACAAGUUUUUGUUUUUCGUGAAAAAGUCUGCAAUGAAUAGUUUUUGUACACUCAAAUUGCUGCUGUCCUUAUACAUCUCUUGGUGUGAGAACUCCCUUCCACAAGUUGGUGUUUAGCAACCUCAUACAACAAAUGUUCUCAUCAUGGAGAGAUAUUGGGAAAAUCCAGCAAUUUUUUAUCGAGAAAGUUUUGGAAUUGGUCGUCAAAUGUUAUUAGAUUCUUUUACCAGUGGUUAUUUAAUGCUAACAAAUAAAUUGAUGUCUUGGAUUAAAAUUUUCCGCUAUACACCCAUAAUGGAUACUACAUUUUGCAGGUAAUUACCAACAGGUAACAUACCUCUGCACUUAAUUAAGUGUCCUGUAGACACUGAAAUUGCUUGAAAACUGCACUGGUUUUGGUCACUCUAGCACAUUAGACUAUUAGUUAGUACGUAUCCAGAAAUUCUAGCAUCAGCUGUUUCCGAAAAGCAUAAUGAUGAAACCAUCAUCGAAGUAGGAAACAUUACUUGUUUGUAGUCACUCGCAGUAUCUCUAGGUGUCGGAUCCCAUUUAAUAGAAUGUUACAUUUCCCUGUGUCUCUCAUUUACAGACUGUUCUCAGCAUACGCUGUAUUGAAAAUGCAUCUAACAGUAAUAAAAACCUGAAUUUCCAGUGAAUUGAUACAUAGUAGGAAUGAUAAUGGUAAAACAAUGUAGUUUACAUAAAAUUAUACUUAGGAAAAGGGUACAAAUAAUUGUCAAACAUAACUUCGUAGAUUUCCUCAACUCACAGCCAACCCUUUGUAACAAAACCCACCUGUUUUAUGUCAGGGACAGUCUGUAUUUGCAUUUUAUUUGUUGAAUUCUCAAAAUCAUACGUUUUCCUCAUUUAGGAAGGCGAUCACUCUGAUAUAGUUUGUCAAAGACUUAAAUUUAAAAAACGUUCACAAUAAUUUCAAGACAUUUUCUGCAUUUAUGUACGUACUUGUUUUCUGACCAGAGAUGUAUAUAUAUAUUACCAUGUAGAAGGUUUUAUUGACAAUUUUUGUGAAACCUGCAUGUUUAGAUUGAAGGCAAGCUGUCAGGAAACUUAUUCCAGAAAUACAAAAUGCAUUCCUUUUUCACCCAGUGUUGCUCGGCCAAUUUCAGUACAGUGGGCCACUGCUAUUCAUUGCACUUUGCAGUUGGGUUUAUUUUGUACUUUCAUCACCUUAGUUUGUGGCAUCCUGAUUCACAGCCUGUGUCAAUUCAUAUUCAAUUUUUGCACGUACCCACAUACAUGCGUUCAAGUGGAAUUCUGAAGACCAAACAAAUGUGUUCCUAAAACAUCCAUGUCAUGUCAUCCGAUUGUUUUUUGUUAAUUGUAAAAGAUGUAUAGUAAUAUAUUUUAUAAAAAGAGAUAUAAUUAGAAAGUAAUGCAACUUAAGACAUUACCGAAUUAAGUCCCGAGAAAAUACGGAGAUCUAUAGAAUUGUACCGAUAGACAAGAUAGAAAGCAUCACAA